UGGCGCGCGAACCUGGUAGAUAACACAAGACAGACACAACGACUGUCGUCCUUUGCGGAUCAACAAUAUUUAUUGAGUAUAUUGAAUACUUAAAACAUCGAAGUAUCAUGCCGGAGAAUAUAAUAGCCGGUAUUCCGGUGCAUUUCCCCUUCGAGCCAUACGAAGUGCAGCGUGCCUACAUGGAGAAGGUGAUUAUAUGUUUGCGUGAUGGUACAAAUGGUGUUCUCGAGUCACCCACGGGUACCGGCAAAACAUUAAGCCUGCUCUGUUCCUCGCUUGCCUGGUUACGCACACGCCAAUCUGAGGUGGAGCUGAACAUGCAGAAAAUGCAACUGGAGCAACAGAAACCAGCGAAUGCGACGUCUGUAUUGAGCAAUGAAGUCGCCGCUGCCAUCAACAAGGCCAACAACUGGGGUGUGCCAAAGGUGAUAUAUGCUUCGCGAACCCACUCCCAGCUGAGUCAGGCAAUGCGCGAACUGAAGCGAACUGCCUAUGCCAAUAUGCGAUCUGUUGUCCUCGGCUCAAGGGAUCAGUUGUGCAUCCAUCCGGAUGUGAUGCGGGAGCAGGGUAAUUCCAACAAGACGAAUAUGUGCAAGCUGAAGGUGCAUGCUAAGACGUGCACAUUCCAACAGCGUGUUGAGUCGAAAAAGGAACACCCGGAUUUUCGUGGACCCAGCAUUAUGGACAUUGAGGAUCUGAUCAAGGUGGGGCAGCGUCUUAAGAUGUGCCCAUACUAUGCCUCCAAGGAGCUGGUCAAAGAUGCGGAUAUCACAUUUAUGCCGUACAACUACCUGCUGGAUCCAAAGGCGCGUAAAGCCAAUAAAAUUGAGCUGAAUAAUACAAUUGUCAUACUGGAUGAGGCGCACAACAUCGAGAAGAUCUGUGAGGAAUCUGCUUCGGUUCAGAUACGCUCCUCUGAUGUGGCCAUGGCCAUUGAGGAUGUAACCCACAUUAUGAAGAUCUUCACCAGCGGUGAAUCAGUGGACACGGGAGGCGAUGAGCCAAAGGAUUUCACAUUGGACGAUCUUACGCUGCUUAAGGAGAUGCUUCUGGAACUGGAAAAGGCUAUCGAUGGCAUUGUUGUGCAAAACAAAGCCGAGGGAGCCACAUAUCCAGCUUCCUAUAUUUAUGAGAUACUGGGCCAGGCAAAUUUUACUUAUGGUAACUGCGCCACUAUCGUUGCCUUGCUGGACAAGCUGGUGCAGUAUCUGAUGGUCGCCUCCCAGAAUUCUAUGAUGCGCAAGGGCGGCAGCUUUAUGCUGCUAUCCGAUUUACUCAGUAUUGUCUUUGCCAACAAGGAGGAUGUGAUGGCCAAGGUGCAUCUUAGUUUUAAGGUCCAUGUGGAGAUCGAGGAAAGCAAGCAGACGAAGCAAACACAAAAUAGUAAAUCGAAUACUGGAUGGCUGGGCAAGGGCAACAAUACAACUACAACCACAAAGGCAGCAAAGGUCGUGAACUUUUGGUGCUUCAAUCCCGGCUUUGGCAUGGAACAGCUCCUCAAUACACAUGUGCGUAGUGUGAUUCUAACCAGCGGCACAUUGGCACCGCUAAAGCCCCUCAUUGCCGAGCUGGCCAUUCCGGUAGCUCACUAUCUUGAGAAUCCACAUAUUGUCAAUCAGUCCCAGGUGUAUGUCAAGAUCAUUGGCACGGGGCCCGAUCGCGAGCAGCUUAUCUCCAACUAUAAAAAUCGCGAUAAUCCCAAAUACAUCAGAUCCUUAGGCCAAACAAUUCUCAACGUAUCGCGGAUUGUGCCAGACGGUUUGUUGGUCUUUUUCCCCUCGUAUCCCAUGAUGAAUCAGUGUGUGGACGCGUGGCAGGCCAGCGGUCUGUGGGCGGACAUAUCGUGUCGGAAACCAAUUUUCUUGGAGCCGCGUGGCAAGGAUCAGUUCACCAGCACAAUGGAGGAGUUCUAUCAGGCCAUACGUGAUUCAAAGGGCGCCUGCUUUAUGGCUGUCUGUCGGGGUAAAGUGUCCGAGGGUUUGGAUUUUGCUGAUCGCAAUGGACGCGCCGUCAUCAUAACUGGCUUGCCCUUUCCACCGCUUAAGGAUCCCAAGGUGAUACUAAAGCGUCGCUAUCUAGAAAGUAAUCGCACCAAGGAGAAUCAAUUGUUGAGCGGCCAGGAGUGGUAUAAUCUGGACGCAACGCGUGCCGUCAAUCAAGCCAUAGGUCGUGUGAUCCGGCAUCGCAACGAUUAUGGUGCCAUUCUUCUCUGUGAUUCCCGCUUUCAGGAUGCCUCGCAGGUGCAACAGCUGUCGAAAUGGAUACGCGGACAUUUAGGCGCUCGUCCACAGAGCUCACCCUUUGGUCCCAUUGUCCGUGAGCUGCAUCAGUUCUUUAAGAAUGCUGGGGAAACGAUGGUCAAGCCCGAUGAACGUGUUGUUGAACCGUUGCUGCAGAGCGUCCAUAAGGAGGAUCAGCCCACGCUGGCGCCCGUCAGCCAAAUCAAACGAGAGCCAGGCACCAUGGGAACCUCCAAAUUUCAACAGGCCUCCGAACUAGCAAUAAAAGUUGAGAUGGCCAAUUCCAUAAAGACGUGGACACCCGCAGAUUAUAUUAAUGCUGCGGGUCGAGAGCAACAAAGUCAACCAACACCCAAUGCGAUGGAUUUCAUGAGUCGCCUAAACUCGAAUGUUACUAGCAUUGACUUCAACUGCGCGGACAGCGGUCUGGUGAGGAUCCACAAACGUGAACGCAGCUCACCUACAACCAGCGAAUCGUUGGCCACGCAAGCGACCAGUAAAAAACGCUAUAAACUCGUCAACGCUGAGGUUACUGUAAAGAGCGAACCAAUCCCUACGAGUAGUCAGUGCCAAAGUAAUCUGAAGAAUUCUGCGGAAUCCUCACAACAGUCCCAGCUAAAAGAUGCACCCGAAAAUCGUACGGAUUUUUUGCGAGAGGUUCGCAGCGUCAUCAACAGCGAUCAAUUCCGUAGCUUUGGUAAAGCUCUGGUAGACUAUAAGACAGGUGGAGACGAUGCUUUCGAAACCUUAAUGAGUCUCCUGCUGAAUGUAUUGGGCGCGCCGCAGUUGCGUUAUUUGUUGCAAGGCAUGCGUCGUUAUCUUAAGAACGAACACAAGGCAGAGUUCGAUGUGCGCUUAUCCAGCUUGGAUCUAUUUUAAUCAAAACUCGCUAUCAUUGCUUUACAUUAUCAAUGUCCUCAACAAUAUGACUAUAAAAUUAAUUUAUGUAUGUGUUAUUAUAUUUAAAAGUAAUUUUAAUCUCAUCGCUCUUGUGCUCUACUUUUGCGAUGCCUUAAACUAGAUAUAGUGGUCGAAUGUUAAUGUGUCUAAAAGAAUAUACAUACCAGCUACACCUAAAUAAUCGCAAUAAUUUGAUUGCAAAAAAUAUCUGUUAAACGCAAAUUAAAGAAAUUUUUUAUUCG